UUGCGUGGACGCCUUCUAACCCAGAUACCCCCUUGCACCUUAGCUUUGCGCCGUAUCUCAGACAUCACUCCCAGCCUCAUCGAGAUGCAAGGAGACGGCCGCCCUGCCCCAGGCCCCUCUUCUGCGUCUGAAAUUGAUCUCUCGGUUUGGCAGAGACUUCCAGACAGAGCUCCGGACGAGCGUUUACGGGCGCAAGGACCUCGGAGCACCGAUGAAGACCCAUAUUCGGAACCAUCUUCGCCUUUUGAACCUAUCGUAUCUUCUCGCCGUACCAUGUCUAUCACGCAGUUCCAUCCCAAGGAGGGAGAGCCAAAUAUUCCACUCACGAUACGUCUCGACUUCGUCCCCCCUCCCCAUCUACAACGGCAAAUACACCUCGCAGCCUCGAGAGCCUCGGAAGGAAAAUCAACCCAAUCGCAGAUACCAUUUCCCUUCGGUUUUCGUAUAUGUUUUGGUGACUACCCCCUGGACACUCUGGUUGCAUUGCAGCCGUUGGAUUUGCAUCAGCCAAGUUCGCAGAUGAAAUUUAUGCUGCAAUCCGUUAUUCCAAAGCGGCAGUCAACCCUGCCGCAUGUUCCUGUCAGCGUUCAGCUAACGGCAAACCACGCUGUUUUGGACACUGCCCAAAUCGGUGUCUUCAUGUAUUGGGAUACUGAAGCAGCACCGAGAAACACGACAGCCCCCCUACCAAUUUCGGAAGACCGUGCCGUGCGUUCCCCUUCUGGGCCGUACUCACAGCUGGUACCCAAGGGGAGAAGGGGAGAUAAAGUACAGAAUUCUCGAUUUGUUGACCGGGGUUUGACACAACAUGUUCAGCAGCCAAACCCAGAUCGGCAGUUCACUUCUCCACAGUACACACACCACGAUUCCUCCAUAAGACCCCAGCCUCCGUCUCUCGACACUCGAUCGACAUCGUUGCCGGGAAUGCCGCACGCGCUUGCGCCAUCUAUGUUUCGCAAUAUCCCUACCCCGUCUCCAGCGCCACCUUCAACACCUAGUUCGGGUCAUGACUCAUCAGCGAUGCAGAACAGCCCGAUUGAGGAGCGCAUGCGCCUUCCUCUUCAUCAAGAAACCGAUACCACCCCCCCUGUGGCACAAGCGCCCCACUCGACCCAAGCACCAUACCGUGAACGAUCCCCGUUACCACGGAAACCUACUCCACUCGCCCAGAGGCGUUCAAGAAGAGCUUCUGCAGUUCAGACUCAGGACUCUGCAGAUACGUCCACACCCGAUCUUGGAAUGGAGGGGGAACAGGAAGCCUCCUCGUCUACAGCGAGUACGCACAGGCCACGAGGUUUUGGAGCUAGGACCUCAAUUAGCGGGAAACCGUUGAUCCCGUCUACACUAAUUCGAACCAGCCAGCUAUCAUCUCGAAGAACAACGAGAAACCCAGUUAGACUUCUGAUGAAGGGGGAUUUGAAUAACAUGGCUCUUGGAUGAAAGAUUUUGUUAGUCGCCGGAGACUCGUGCAAUUUUGGCGUCGUCAGGAUGGGGCCGACGUUCAUCUCGCUUUCAAGUCUAUUCCACCUGAGGAGUACCAACCCACGUCGAUCGUGGUGUCCUGCAUCUAUAGGGACGAUGCGGACGAAUGCUUUAUUACUUCAGUCGAUCUCAUCUACCUACUCGAGAUGAUCAUUGAUUCUCCUUUCAGCAUCGAGGAAAAGAAUCGGAUCCGACGCAAUCUAGAAGGUUUCAAGCCUCAAACGGUAGUGAAGAGCAAGCCAGGAAAAGGGAUUGACUCCUUCUUCGCUCUUAUUAUGGGAUUCGGAGAACCUAAACCUCGGAAUAUUGAGAAGGACUUGAAAGUUUUUCCAUGGAAGAUCAUUCCAACCGCUCUAGAGAAAGUGAUCAAGAAAUAUUCAUACGCG